AUGUAUAUCACUGUCAGCGCUGUAUUCCUGUCAUUGGGUUUGCUAACUUUGCCAGUGGAUGGCAAGAAGUACAAGCAAUAUCAUGUGCCCGCUCAGUAUACGAGCACAUUGAAAGUGGGUCUCGAGCCGGUUCAUGUGAUCAAGCUGCCCGAAGUUGAGGAAGUCCCGUUCAUUGAACAUAGAGUUGAAGAUGUUGUGGAGCAUGCGGGACUUUCCGAGUUCAUUGAAACGUCAUCAGUGCGUAUGGAGAUGGUACUGAAAAAGAUGAAGCUCGAGUCGUUUGCGAAAAAGUGUCUUAAGAAGGGCAGCCAAUGCUUCAGAAUGUUGGAUUGCUGCUCUGCGCUCUGCCAACGAUCGUCGAAAAAGUGUGUAUAA